UCAACAGAGUCAACAGAGUCAACCGAGUCAACCGAGUCAAGUCCAAGGUUCAAGUUUGUCCCCUCCUACAGAUGAACGAUAUCCUGCUAGUACGAAGGGUGAUUUCAUGUCAUCAUCCCAUGACUUGUAUUCUUCUACUACUGCCGCUGCCGAGUCAAGCUUCCAUAGUCAAGAUCCUCCUGCUUUGCCCGAUCUUUCUGACCUUGGUAAUGCUAUUUAUGAGCGUGUUAUUGCUAAAGAGCGUGCUGCUAUCACUACACCUAAACAUGAUGCUGGCUUUGCUCAACGUCCCACUGCUGCUGCUACUACUAUUGGUGAGCGUGAAGCUUCUUCUUCUGCACAUGAAUCUGAACCUUCCCCUGCUCCCAGACUUACUGCUGAAGAGAUUAUUCGUCGUCGUGAAGAAAGGCUUGAGAAGAGACUUGGCCUGGUUUAUACACGUUACAAAGCAAGGUCCGCUAAAGUUCUCGAAAAGUAUCAGGAUAGAGCCUCCACCCCUCCCUCCACAAGUGGUUCGCCUUCUCCUCCUCCUCAACAGCGUGAUGAAACUGCCGAACAUGAUACUGGUGUUACUGAUGAGCGUGAAGACUCACCUUUUUAUUUUGGUGCUACUCCUUCCCCUGCUCCAUAUCGCAAUGCUGGCUAUGGACCUCCUUCGACUACUGAUGAGCGUGAAGCUUCCUCUUCCCAUUCCAAAAGUGGACCUUCCUCUGCUCUUCGCCGUGCUGCUGCUGCUGCUACUGCUGUUAACCGCCUUGAUGAUACCGAUGAGUGUGAAGUUUCCCUUUCUCAACGUGGAUCUUCACCUUCUCAUCGCCGCACUGCUGCCUAUGAACGUGGUGUCUCUUACGAGCGUGAACUUUCCCCUUCUCGUCUUGAACGCAGGUCUUCUUUUGCUCGUCGUCAUCGUGAUGAUGAUACUUGUACCUUUGAGCGUGCAACUACUGCCUCCUCCUCGCGUAGUUCUGCCUCCGCUCGCCCAUCAGGCGUUAGUUUUGGUCGUGAAGCAGUAGCUUCUGGUCCCUCGACUGUAGCCGAUGACAUCAUGACUCUAGAUGUCUCGGUUGCAGUGCCCUCUGGAGAUGCGGGUAAUGUCCUUUCUUACCCCUCUCGGUCUUCUGGUCGUUCGUCUCGAUCCUCUCGACGACCAGUCAAGAUCUCUCCUCCUGGACGGUUUACCCAGGAGGAGACAGAGGGUGGCCACAACAACAAAAAUCCACCUACCA